CGAUCAGGCAGCGCGGCGGACAGCCCCAGCGGCUGGGUGGGGCGGGGCGGGGGUGGGAGGGAGUUAUAUUGCGGGGUCCUUCCUCGCUCACCCUGGUUCCUCUCGGAGCGGAGACGGCAAAUGGCGGACUUCGAUACCUACGACGAUCGGGCCUACAGCAGCUUCGGCGGCGGCAGAGGGUCCCGCGGCAGCGCUGGUGGCCAUGGUUCCCGUAGCCAGAAGGAGCUGCCCACAGAGCCCCCCUACACAGCUUACGUAGGAAAUCUACCUUUCAACACGGUUCAGGGCGACAUAGAUGCUAUCUUUAAGGACCUCAGCAUAAGGAGUGUACGGCUAGUCAGAGACAAAGACACAGACAAAUUUAAAGGAUUCUGCUAUGUAGAAUUCGACGAGGUGGACUCCCUGAAGGAGGCCUUGACCUACGACGGUGCGCUGUUGGGUGACCGGUCACUUCGUGUGGACAUUGCAGAAGGCAGAAAACAAGACAAAGGUGGCUUUGGAUUCAGGAAAGGUGGACCGGAUGACAGAGGUUUCCGGGAUGACUUCUUAGGAGGCAGGGGCGGCGGUCGCCCUGGCGACCGGCGAGCAGGCCCUCCCAUGGGGAGUCGCUUCAGAGACGGCCCUCCCUUGCGCGGAUCCAACAUGGACUUCAGAGAACCCACAGAAGAGGAAAGAGCACAGAGACCACGACUUCAGCUUAAACCUCGGACAGUGGCAACGCCCCUCAACCAAGUAGCCAACCCCAACUCCGCCAUCUUCGGGGGAGCCCGGCCCAGAGAGGAAGUUGUCCAGAAAGGGCAGGAAUGAGCUUGCGGUGGGGAGGGAAGGGGAAGGGGUGCGGGGAGUUAGAGCAAGACCUCAGCUCGGUGGCCUGGCCCGGCCGCCCUGCAGUCACCAUUCCCGCGCCUGACACUGUCCUUUCUCAACGGAACACGGAGCUUGUGAAUGAAUGCAUGUCACUGUUAACAAGUGGUUUCUAGCACAUUCUUGGCUUUGCUAUGCUACCUAGCGCCUGUUUUGUGCUUUUUUCCUUUCUUCCCUCUCCUCCCCAUCUCCUACUGUCCUCUCUCCCUCCUUGUUUUCCAUAACACACAGGUGUGUGGAGAGACGAAGGUAGCCAUCUCUUUGUGUUAGCCGCGCUGGCCAGGUUCCUGCCCCGCUCCCUUGACUUUUCUCGGUGCUUCUCUCCAUCCUGCAUGCUGAGUUCUGCGCUGCUGUGGCCUCUGGGAAGGAGCAGAGGUGACACCUCUGCACCCAGCUGCAAUCAGCAUCCAGAGCUGGCCCUGCCAUCCUUGCAGGUCCUAUCUCCAUGCCCACCCCAGGGGGUGGCUGCCCAAGCAGAAUAGGUCCCUUGAGAAACAGUGAGGGGCGCGGGGGUAAGGGGCGUGGAAUGCUGGGUGGACCCACAGAGGAGAGCUGUGCUCCCACGGUUCAGUCCAGCUCGUCCAAGACCAGCCUGGUCUUCAUGUGGUGUGGCACAGGCUCCUCUGCUGGGGGUGGCUGGCUACCGCCAGCGCCUUUCCCUGCCCCUCCCUCCGUGCUGAGGUGCUGUGGGGACAAGGGGCAGUGCUGGAGCUGCUCCCAGUGUCCCAGGAUCUGUUCCUGUAUAAGUAAGGAGAGCCUCUGCUUCCCACGCCCCUCAUCCACAGCACAGGUGGGCCUAGACAGACGCUGGCACUCUUGCUCAGUCGAAAGUGUUCCUAUGCAAACCCUCAGUGACCGUAGAUGACCGUGAGUGUCCUGACUUGGGGCCUCCUCUUGGGGACACACUCUUGCUCCUGUGACAGUGCCAGCACUCCUUUGGAGGAAGGAUUAGACCGUGGCAUUGAGCUUGAGCACCUGCACAUGCGCAGAUGGGAGAUUCGUUGGUGCCUGAGUCCCCGUCUGUCGGGGGGAGCAGUGGCCAGGUGGCUGGAGGCCAGUGGCUUCUGGCUGGCAGCACAGUGUGCUUAGACAGUGGAUCCUCCCCGCCGCCAUCCUUGGCUCUCAUCUGUCUUUGUUGCAAGGUCUCGGCAAUUUCCAGAACUCUCGCUCCUCCUCUCGCUCGCCAUCUUCUCUGCUUCUGAGAUAAGAACCAUUUGUGUAACACCAGUACCUAACUCGAGAAAGACAUGCGUUCUGUGGUCGUGAUCAAACCUGAUGCUUUCAGACGGCCUACUUACAUCUUCAGUGUGGAAAGUUCCAGAACAAAACAAACCCAUCCAAACUCUGGGCCACCAGUUGGCUUUUAAAUGUAAGAAUGGAAUUCCAGACACUUCACACAUGAGCUCUGUGACAGAAAGUGAACCUGGAAUACGGUAUUUUGUGAAUGAUCUUUUAAAUAAAAAGAGAACCUUACGUAAUGUU